AUGGGAACAAGCAUAAAAGAUGAUAAAAGUGUAACCGAUGAUGUGAUCACAAAUGCAGAACCACCGGUAUUCGCGCCUGAUCAAUUCAAUCCACGUUAUGAAGCAAAACGAAAAGAGAUUUGGGCUUAUUAUUCUUACGGUGUUGCAAAUAAUGGCUUGGGCUUGUUCAACUUUGCUCCGACUGCUUUUCAAAAUUUGUUAUACAUUGCCGCAGGUGAAGAUGAAAUGUUAUUGUUUGCCGGUCAAAUGCGUUCGAUUGAAGAAAUCGUUUUGUUGUGUAAUGGUAUCUCUUGCGCUAUCAAUGUCGUCUUAUUCUUGGCAAUCGGAAGUUUGGCAGAUUUCGGUAAUUGGAGACCGUUCAUUUUGAUGUUUUGGACAGUUGCCGCUUUUGGUAUCUCUUUGGCAUGGUUAGGCGUUCAUGAAGCAUCAAAAUGGGAAGCAGCAACGGGUUUGUACAUCGUUGGUUUGAUCAUUUAUCAAAUGUGUUUAAGCUUUUGGACCGCAGCUUUUCCUGGUUUGGCAAGAAAUACGCCCGAGAUGCGUGAAACGGCAUCAAAAUACGCUUCGGGUGAGAUUGAUCGGGAAACGUAUGAUCAUGAAGAUAUGAUGCAAAGAAAUCGAAUCAGUAAUAUCUCCUUCACUGUGCAAAGUGCAGUUGAGAUUUUGAUUUUAGCCGUCAUUGUUGGAAUUAUGUUUGGUGUUCAUGUCAAUGAUGGUCAAGAGCAAAACAAUCGUGGUUUGAGUAUCUUGAUCGCUUUUGCAGGUGGUAUUUGGGUGUUGGUUGCUAUUCCUUGGUUCAUUUUCGAAAAGCGUAGACCUGGUCAACCUUUACCGCCAAACACAAACGUUUUCACUGCAGGAUUAUUGCAACUUUGGACUGCAGGCAGAGAGAUUGUUCAAUUGAAGCAAUCUUUGCUGUAUCUCUUUGGCUACUUCCUUCUUUCUGACAGUCUAAACACGACGGUGACUGUCAUUGGAACAUUGCAAAACACGAUUGUGGCGUACAAUACGCUCACUUUGACAUACGUCUUAUUGGUCGGUAUCGCAGCUCAAUUGGCCGGUAUUUAUGGUUAUUGGGCCAUUCAAAAGCACUUUCAACUUUCGACAAAGACGAUGUUCACUGCCGUUAUGGUGGGCAUCAUCUUACUCGAUGGUUGGGGUUUCGUUGGUAUUUUCACGCAAAAGUUCGGUUUCCAUCAUUUGUGGGAAAUUUGGGCUUAUCAAGCAUAUUAUGGGUUGUUCGUUUGUCCUUGGUACGCUUAUUCACAGACUAUGAUCAGUGAAGUCACACCACGAGGAAGGGAAUUCUUAUUCUUCAGUUUGUUUGGAUGUUUUGGUAAAGUUUCAGCAUUUAUCGGUCCAAUCGUAAGCAGUGCAAUCAUUCAUCGAACGCCAAACAAUUCUUCAACGCCAUUCUACUUUUUAUUUUCACUCACAAUCGCUUCUGCGUUUAUGUUAAUCUUCUUUUUAGAUUUGAAAAAGAGUAGAAAAGAACAAGCAUUAUUCUUGGCAAAACAAGGUGAAAAAUUAAUUCAUCGAUCGUUGUAG